UCAUUCCCAGGAGUCCUCUCAUUUGCUUAUCCCUCACAUCUUCAGAACUAUGGCCACCAAGGCUCCGAGAGGUGCCAGCUAGGGUCUGAUGUGCACCAAUGGAAGGGGUGGGGAGAGGAGAAGGAGUCUUUCAGUAACUCAGAUAUAUAUGCAACUUCCUGCCAGUGAGGAAAUACUCGGCUAGAAACAGCCCAGCUUCUCCUUUCCCUGCUCUGGCCCCACAGAAGGAGUUGUGGUGAACUGUGGGCCACACUGGCCUCAGCCAGAUUGCCUGGCCAGUCGCUGGAGAAGCAAUGCCCUGGACUGUCCUGCUCUUUGCAGCUGGCUCCAUGGCGAUACCAGCGCCAUCCAUCCUGCUGGUGCCCCCACACCCCAGCAGUCAGGAGGACCCCAUCUACAUUGAAUGCACGGCCCCCCAGGGCUUCCCAGGGGCCAACUUCACGCUGUACCAAGGGGAGAAGGUGGUCCAGCUCCUGCAGGCCCCCGUGGACCAGCUCAGGGUCACCUUCAACCUGAGCGGCGGCUGGGAGGCUGCCGGCGGAACGUUUCACUGCCAGUACGGCGUGUUAGGCGAGCACAGGCAGCCGCAGCUGUCAGACCUCAGCGAACCUGUGCACGUGUCCUUCCCAGUACCCACUUGGAUCCUGGCACUCUCCUUGAGCCUGGCUGGAGCCCUCCUCCUUGCUGGGCUGGUGACUGCUGCUGUGGUGAUCAGGAAAGUUAAAGUAAAAGAAAUGCAGAAGAAAAGAGAGCGGGAAUCCUGCUGGGCCCAGGGUAACUUCACCACCACAGACAUGUCCUUUGAUAAUUCCUUGUUUGCUAUCUCAACGGUAAGUUGUUUCCUUUCUUGGCUUACUGUCCUAAUGCCAGGAAG